AUGACUGGUAAAGAAGGAAAGGUCCUGGUGUGUGAUUUACCAAUGAUGUAUCCACGCGAUCUGCUGCGGUUUGAGCGGGAGGGCGGUGUGUGGGGCGAACAGUGGCGAGUGCGCCGCAAGCAACUCUCCGCCGCGUUGACGGUCUCGGCCCUCUCGACACUUCUCGGCUCUUAUUACGUCGUCACCCGUCGAAAUACGGGCUUUGUGCUCUUCAGCACCUUCUCUGGUUUCUCCGUUUUGGGCUUCUGCGUUGGCGGCGCCCUCGCCCCGCUGGUGUACCCGAACGUCGCGAACAACCGCGAGACGUCCAUGAUGCGGCGGGUGUGGUGGGCGAAGGAGUGUGCGCGGCACUGGGACUACUCGCAGGUGCAGGAGGACACCUGGCACGCGGAGUACCCACACGCCCAGCUGCCAGAGGGAAAGAAACGGACAGGAGAUGCGAUGUAG